UUUGAAUGUGUGCAUGUUGAAUUUUGACAGAACUCGUACCGUCGGUCGCCGCCGUCUCCGCUUAUGGUUGGUCUGUUUGCUUAGUGGACGCAAGUAGUGGUGAUUUUUCUUUCUGCAUUUUCGAUUCGGUCAUAAGUUUUCGCGAAGCAACAACACAGAUCGCAAUGGCCAACGUGAACCUGGCUUCGGUGGUGCUCCGCAACGCCCUGCGGCAGAAGAUGGGCGUUCGCUUCUCGCAUGACAUGAUUACCCAGAAGAUCGGCAAACGAGAGGUAGUGGGCCACGGCUGGAACGGGCUUCCCGUGUACGCGGACCGUGUCGACUAUCCGAUGCCGGCGAUCCGUUUCAAGGAAGUGACCCCCGACGUUCUGGCCCUGCGCGAGAAGGAAAAGGGUGACUGGAAGAAACUGUCCAUCCAAGAAAAGAAGGCCCUGUACCGUGCCUCGUUCUGCCAAACCUUCGCCGAAAUCAAGUACCCUACCGGCGAGUGGAAGCUGAGCGUCGGAUUGAGCCUGAUUGCCAUCUCGAUGAGCAUUGGCGCCAUGUUGCUGAUGAAGGCUUUCGUGUACGACGCCAUUCCGGUCACCUUCGACGAGGAGCACCAGAAGGCUCAGCUCAAGCGUAUGUUGGACCUGGGUGUUGGCAACAUCACCGGUCUGUCAUCCAAGUGGGACUACGAGAACAACAAGUGGAAGUAAACCGCUCUGCGUUGUGAAUGAAAGAGUGAGGUGUUUAGUUGGUAAUCGUGUAUUAUAAUAAAACUUAAAUUGGCACCAGCUAGGAACGUACAUUGCGCUACAAGCCACUUUCCCCGGAGGCUGAUCAAUAAAUGAUGGAGAAAAAUCAUACCUAA